AUGGCUGACCAUGUAGCCUGCAUUUUCAGUUCUGAACGGAGGUUGCAAAUAGGGCUGAUGAAGAAGAAUGCUUUGUCUCUCGAGAGCCGAGACCUUGCUCUUCCCGUUGCCGUCAACGACGAAGCGUCUCUGCUGCUCCCAGAAGAUGGAAAUCGACAGGACCACGAGUGCGGCCGUGGCGGGAGACUCCUCCUCUGGCGCGAUGGCUGUGGACACCGCGGGUGGCGAGGGGAGGCCGCGGUUCGAGCGGCUGAUGCCGAGCGAGAUGAGCGGCUGGAGGCCCCAGUUUCGGAAGGUGCCAGCGCUGAGCUACCGGUUCGCGCCGCUGAAGAGGUGUUGGAUGUAGAUCUACAUGCCCAUCUACGAGCACAUGAAAGUCGACAUCCGCAUGGCAUGAACCUCAAGAUGCUGUUGCCUUGCUACGUCUUGAUGACCUGUAUGUGGAUUCGUUUGAGAUCAAGGAUGUGAAGACACUCCGAGGGGAGCAUCUGUCACGUGCUAUUGGACGGCUCUCGGGGACGGGAGGCAAGACCAAAUAUGCCAUGGAGAACUCUACCAGGACCCGCAUUGUUAUAGCUGAUACGAAGAUCCAUAUUCUUGGGUCCUUCGUUAACAUCAAGGUUGCUCGGGACUCACUUUGCAGUCUUAUCUUAGGGUCUCCUGCUGGCAAAGUCUACUCUAAGCUAAGGGCUGGAUCUGCUAGGUUGGCAGAGUUAAGCUUUGUGCUGUAGUCUCUAAUC